AUUUGACAUCGUUCAUUCGCAAUUGUCUCUGUCAAAAGAUUCUUUUCCGUCGUUCUUCGUUUACCGUAUCGGAGGUUAGAAAAAUGACUCGCAAACGCCGUAACGGAGGACGGGCCAAACAUGGGCGUGGGCACGUUAAGGCUGUAAGAUGUACCAACUGCGCGCGUUGCGUGCCAAAGGAUAAGGCUAUCAAAAAGUUUGUGAUCAGAAACAUUGUUGAAGCGGCUGCUGUCAGAGACAUCAACGAGGCCUCCGUUUAUGCUUCAUUCCAGCUCCCUAAGCUGUAUGCAAAGUUGCACUAUUGCGUCUCAUGUGCUAUCCACAGUAAGGUAGUCCGUAACAGGUCUAAGAAGGACAGGCGUAUUCGUACACCACCCAAGAGUACCUUCCCAAGGGACAUGGCGAGACCGCAAAAUGUGCAGAGGAAGUAAAUUUUAAUUAAAAAAUUAAUGUAAAACCCAA